GGUGUGUCUGUUGUGUAUUGGUGUGGCCCGUUGGCAGAGCGACACAGCCGGCGUGGGCCAAUGAACGGCCGACACCUGCUGCUGCUGCCGCCGCCUCACUCCCGCCGCUUCUGAGCCGCUGCUCCGCCGUCACAGGCCCCCAGAAGCGUGUUCCCUGGCCAAGAUGUCUGCACCAAUACUAAGUUACCGCACCAGGGGAUGGCUUCGGAUGUCCGUGGAGAAACAGGACACCCUCCUCAAAAUGGCUGUCCUCUCCCUUGCUGCCAUUCUCUCUUUCUCAUGCAGGUUGUUCUCUGUUCUUCGCUUUGAGUCUGUGAUCCACGAGUUUGAUCCUUAUUUCAAUUAUCGGACAACUAAGUUCUUAGCAGAGGAAGGAUUCUACAGUUUCCACAACUGGUUUGAUGACAGAGCAUGGUACCCACUGGGCAGGAUUAUUGGAGGCACCAUAUAUCCUGGACUGAUGGUCACUUCAGCAUCCAUAUAUCAUAUUCUAAAUUGGCUGCACAUAACCAUAGAUGUUCGUAAUGUGUGUGUCUUCCUGGCUCCAUUCUUCUCCUCCCUUACUACCAUUGUCACCUAUCAUCUGGCCAAGGAACUCAAGAGUCCUGGUGCUGGUCUGGUUGCUGCCGUCAUGAUUGCCAUAGUCCCGGGCUACAUCUCUCGUUCAGUGGCCGGCUCCUAUGAUAAUGAGGGUAUUGCUAUCUUCUGUAUGUUGCUGACAUACUAUAUGUGGAUCAAGGCAGUGAAGACUGGGACACUCUUCUGGUCAACCAUGGCAGCUUUGGCCUAUUUCUACAUGGUGUCGUCAUGGGGUGGUUACGUUUUCCUCAUCAACAUCAUCCCGCUACACGUGCUAAUCCUCAUGAUCACUGGCCGCUUCUCCCACCGUGUUUAUGUUGCCUACUCCACCCUCUAUGUCAUUGGCACCAUCCUGUCCAUGCAGAUCUCCUUUGUGGGUUUCCAACCGGUUUCCACCUCAGAGCACAUGGGGGCAUUUGGUGUAUUUGGUCUGUGCCAGAUUCAUGCCUUUGUGGAUUAUGUGCGUUCAAGGCUCAACAAGGCACAGUUUGAGGUGCUGUUUCGUGCUGUCAUCUCCACAGUGGCAGCCACAGGUGUGCUGGUGCUGGUGAUGCUGACAGCCAUGGGGAAAAUUGCUCCAUGGACAGGUCGCUUCUACUCACUGCUGGACCCCUCCUAUGCCAAGAACAACAUCCCUAUUAUUGCCUCUGUUUCUGAGCAUCAGCCCACUGCCUGGUCCUCCUUCUACUUUGACCUGCAGAUGCUGACCUUCAUGUUCCCUGUUGGACUGUAUUUCUGUUUCUCCAACCUUACUGAUGAGAAUAUCUUCAUCAUUCUCUAUGGAGUCCUCAGUAUCUAUUUUGCUGGAGUGAUGGUGCGUCUGAUGCUGGUGUUGGCUCCUGUCAUGUGCAUUCUCUCUGGCAUUGCUGUGUCCUCCAUGCUCUCCACCUACAUGAAACAGAUAGAUGAAGUCAAGACAGAAAAAAAGAAGACCAAAUUUGAGGGCAAUUAUUUCAUGCGCAGUGAGAUUGCAACAUUCUUUGUGUGUGUGAUGUCGGUGUUUCUGGUGAUGUACACACUGCACUGCACCUGGGUUACCUCAGAGGCGUACAGCUCCCCUUCCAUCGUCCUCUCUGCCCGUGGCCAUGAUGGAUCCAGGAUAAUUUUUGACGACUUUCGGGAAGCCUACUACUGGCUGAGACACAACACCCCUCAGGAUGCCAAGGUGAUGUCUUGGUGGGACUAUGGAUAUCAGAUCACCGCCAUGGCCAAUCGGACUAUACUGGUGGACAACAACACUUGGAACAACACCCACAUAUCCCGUGUGGGUCAGGCCAUGGCCAGUACAGAGGACAAAGCCUACGAGAUCAUGCAAGAGUUGGAUGUUGACUACGUGUUGGUGAUCUUCGGAGGGCUUACCGGCUACUCCUCAGAUGACAUAAACAAGUUCCUGUGGAUGGUGCGAAUUGGUGGCAGCACUGAGAAGGGCACUCACAUCAAAGAGCACGACUAUUACACGCCAGCCGGGGAGUUUAGGGUGGACAAGGAAGGCUCCCCAACGCUCCUCAACUGUCUUAUGUACAAGAUGUGCUACUACAGAUUUGGACAGGUGUAUACUGAGGGAGGAAAACCUCCCGGCUAUGACAGAGUACGAAAUGUUGAAAUUGGGAACAAAGACUUUGAGCUGGAUGUGCUUGAGGAGGCAUACACAACAGAACACUGGAUUGUGCGUAUAUACAAGGUUAAAGACUUACCCAACAGAGGGGCCUAGAACAUGUUCUGUUAUUAGAAAUGUGCAGAAUUGGAUUACCCAAUUUUGUGUGAUUUAUCAGUUUUUCAUUAAAUUGUUGAUGGGUGCUUUUCUUCAGCAUUAUUGUUGUGCGUGGAAGUUUCCUGAUCACAUUCCUUCCGUGUGAUGACAUUUUACUGUGAAUCUUGCCAGUCACCAGAGUGUUAUGGCUUGGUAAAGUGUGGGAGGGUGGGAGCAGCCCCAGGAAGGAUGGUUGGGAGAUGCUGAAAUUUGGGAGGUUACUGACUUGCCAAUAUCAGUUAACCUUGUUACAUAUGAAAGUAAGUUUGUGACUUUAUUUUAUUUUUUAUAUUUCUAUCCAAGAAUGUUUCUUUCAAAUAACCUCUUGCCAAUGUAUUCAUGUACAUAACACUAAAACAAUGUUUUACAUGCUGUAUUUUUUAUAACUCACAAUGUUCAACUGUUGUAUAGCAUUGGAGAAUGUGAAUAGUGUGAAUUCAGCAAAGGAUUAUAGCUGUAGAUAAAGUAAUCAUUACCCUCCUUACAUCUUUUUGAAGUUGCCAGAGACAUGUCUCAUGAAACAUUUGUACAUGCUAAUACAUGCAUCAGAUUGAUAAAAGAAUAGCAAAAUUCAUUCUUUAAGUUUCAAGUUUUAUUUUCUGUCACUAUUUGUAACCUGCAUCAUCAUCCCAACACUUGUUAGAAGUGUUCAUAUGUUAACUUUUACUUUAGUGAGGAAUAAGGGAAUAUGUAACAUCCUUUAUUUAAAUGUCUUUGUGUGCGUGUGUAUGUGUCACAGACCACAGAGAAAGCUCAGCAUGUUGGCUGUUGUACCAGUAUUUGUCAAAUGUCACAAAUUUGAUCUCUGCUGGACAGUUGUGGUUGUGUGAAAUGCUGAUGUGUUUCAUCUUUGGGAGUUGAAUAAUUAUGAUUCUUUAUCUGUGGCUGUCUUUCUAUAUGUAACUAACCCUCCAUCUUCAUUAGUGGCUGUCUUUCUAUAUGUAACUAAUUCUCUGCCAUCAGGAUAGACUGGCAACAAGGGCUGACAAGAUUUUUGUUUAUGUUAUAUUAUUGAAACCUAAUUAAGUUGGUUUGGUUGUUUUGAAAUUGAAACUAGCUUUUUGUUAUGUAUUUUAAAUUUAUUGCAGUAGGAUCAUUUGCCAUCAUGACAUUUAUAGGAAGGAGAAAGGCCUUGGACUAGAUGAUGUACAAAUGUGCUUGGGAAAAAUUAAACCUCAUUUUCAAUA